GAGGAAAUGGUUCCGUCUAGGCCUUGGUCUGCUACGGAACCUCGAUGGAACGCUGACAGGAUGUUCCAUGUGAAGAAGAAGGGCUGGGAAGGAUUGGCCAGAGGGAAGAAAAAUCUACACCAUGGACAGCUUCUACCAGGUAGUACAGAAAGUGAAGGUGAAGGACCACCACGAGGUCGAGUAGCCUGCUGGAGUGAAGGGAACAGUCCCAGGAGAUGUGAGGAUGAAGUUGCAGAAGAGCCUGCUCCGUUGAUUAAAGCUAUCAGGAGUGAGUUGCAGAGAUUUCAACGUAGGACUCCAGGUUCCAAUACUGGUAUUCUCAUAUUCAACGAACCGGAUAAUACUAGUGGACAGUAACUAACUGGAUAAUACUGGACAGUAAUGAACCGGAUAAUACUGAACAGUGAUGAACCGGAAAAUACUGAACAGUAAUGAACCGGAUAAUACUGGACAGUAAUGAACCGGAUACUACUGAACAGUAAUGAACCGGAUAAUACUGGACAGUAAUGAACUGGUUAAUACCGGACGGUAAUGAACCAGAUACUACUGGACAGUAAUGAACCCGAUAAUACUGGACAGCAAUGAACCGGAUAGUACUUGAAAGUAAUGAAAUGGAAUGAAACGGAUAUAAAUGGACAGUAAUGAACCGGAGAAUACUGUAAUGUUAUGAACCGGAUAAUACCAGACUGUAAUUAACCGGAUAAUACUGGAUAGUAAUUAACCGGAUAAUACUGGAUAGUAAUGAACCGGAUAAUACUGGACAGUAAUGAACCGGAUAAAACUUACAGCAAGGAUUGGAUAGCUCUAUCUAUGUUCUCGAUUUUCUCCUACAAAAAAGUGUCCCGUAAAAAGGAACAAAUUUCCAACAUUAUGUAAAAAUCAAAAUUGCUUUUUGUAUAUAACGCGAAAAUAAUUGAUAUUUGCACUAAAUUGUGAGCAAACACAAGACGACAUUUCAAGUAGAUGUAGUUUAUUAUUAAGAGUAGAUAUUUGUAUUGAAUUUACAAAUUUCUUUGCAGAAUUCUUGAUAAAUUCUGAUUAUGCUAAAACAUAUUUUGACUUUUAUUGCUUGAUAUCAUGGUUUUUAACCCAAGAAUUAACGCGAGAUGCAGAAUAAACAUUGUAUCUCUAUUUUAAUCAAUUCAUAAAACAAUGAUCAAAUAAAUACAGGGUGUCCCAAAAAACAUGGGA